CCCCCCCCCCAAUCACACACACACACACAGAAACACACACACAGACACAUACACAUAUACUUAACCAUUUCUAUAUGGUUAAUGUUUCUAUUGAUAAAACAUAGAAGUUGUAAGUUUAUCUCCUGAAGGUCUCACACAGUCACACCUCUGAAUUCUUAUGGAAGUUUUGUUCUUGAAGGGGGUCGUAAACCAUCAACAACCCCGCAAAGCUGUCUGCAUUAGUGAUCAAGGAAAAAAUGACUCUUCUCAUAAUUUCUCCUAAUUAAUCCAUAUUAGGGAUAUGACUAACAAGCUAAUGUGAUGGUCCUAAACUCUCAUUCAGUCAGUUGAUAGCAUAUGGGUUCAGAGUUGUGAACAAGUCAUGAUGUAACAGACUACUUGAAAAAGUCAGGUCUUCAUCAAAGCUGAAAUCAUGAAGUGAGGAUUAUUUUCAAUACAUAUUUUUUAGCUUCUAAAGCUGACGUGAGAUUCAAAUGCUUCUGCGCCUAUUGUGAAAUCUUCUUAACAAUUCUAUAUUCACCGUAAGACAACUAUUCAAACAUUCGAUAGUAUUGUACAAAGUUAGUAGAUAUUCUGUACCUGAAGUGUUUUCAAGUGUAUUAUAUAGAUGUUCAACGUUUUCCAAUAUUCUGUCCCUUAGCAGGAAGAAUCCAUUCAAUGCCUUGGCGAGCUCCUCUAGAUCAUUAUCCACUUGAUCAAUGUUAUUUUCUUCUCCUUGAAAGUCGUCGACGUUGUCUUGUUCUUCAUCGAUAUCACUCACAUCUAAAAUAAAACAGAAAACAAUGAAAAUUACUUACCCUCAGUUUGAUGGUUUGAUCUAGGCCAUGGUGCUACUAAAGCUAUUGGUCUUUGGACAUAAUCUGAACGUUCUGGUCAGGUGUGGGGUGUGUGUGUGUCUGUGUGUGAGAGAUUGUGUGAUUGUGGGGUGUGUGGCUGUGUGAGACCCCUUCAGGAGAUAAACUUCCACCCACAGGAAGCCACUCUUAACGUCUGUGUUUUAUAAUUAGAAACAUUAUUCAUAUGGUUAUGUGUAUGUGGGGGUAGUGUGUGUGUGAGUGUGUGUGUGUGAGAGAGAGAGAUAAAUAAUAAAAUAAUAAUAAAAAAAGCAAUACGUUAAGGAAAUGUGUUAACCCCUAAGCCCAUAAAUAUUUAUUCUUCUUGUAUUUUAUUGUGAAUGUUUUGGUGUUUGAUGCCAUGUUUGCUAUUGCUAUAGUAUUUACUGUGCAGUAAAGCGUUAUUAGCCAAAUUAAGCCCUGUUAAUAUAAAAGCUAAUUCCUAAUUUUCAACCAGAUCUGAUGUGUAGACAUCCCUGUGAAUGCCCUCUAAUACUAUAAUUGAUGGCUGUAUAGAUUAGGGCAGGCUUUCUCUCUUAUCUCAAGCUUUGAUACUGCCAGAUUCCCAUUAAAUGUCUGACGAGUGCCGUCCACUCAUGUUUUGCUUCUUGUUAUUGCAACACAUUAAAAUAAUUAUUUAUAGAGUCAGUGCUUAUAUUAUUAGGAAUAUUGUUUAGCUCAGGAGUUCUUAAACGUUUUGCAGCCAUGUGAAUACACUUCCACAGAGCCCUUUAUGAUAACAGCACAGAUUCAUUUUAUGAGCAUAAUACAGUUAUUCAGAUAUCAGUCAUGAUGCAGUGGGUUUGACCUCAUGCAUUUUUGGAGGGAUUUAGCAGAUAUAACUAGGGGGUGCUGUUAUAAAUGAGCUAUAAAAGGGAUGUGUGUGUGUGUGUGUGUGUGACUGUGGUUUUGUGAGGACCGUUCAGGAGAUAAACUUCAACCAUCUGCAUUGGAUGAAGGGGGCGGGACUUUCCGAAAAGUAAACCAAUCUCCUCCCUCUCCUCUCACCAUUUAUUCUACAGUGGAAUUCACACUACCAGUUAUUACUGCAGGGAGAACUCAGGAUUCUGCACAGCUAACUUGCAUAUCUACCCUUUAAAAAAAAAGCUUUUUGGAAAUAUAUACAUAUUUCUUUUCAGAUUUUGGUGUGGAUUACUAUAUUAUAUUUUAAAUUAAAAGAGUCUUGCUACUAAAAAAGGAGCUCAUUAAAUUGAGUACAUUUUCUCUCACACAGAACAGCCGAAUGAUGGAGUCUGUUCUGGUCCAUUGUUCCCCUAAGUCAUAACAAUUUAGACCUCUUACAAUGAACUCAGACUCUUCACAGACUCCUCCAGCUGCCUGCUCACAGCAUUUGGGAAAUGUGCAGGCAAGCACGUCUACCACUUUAAGUGAAGGGCCAUCCAUCUUUGUGGACCAACAAAUUGGAGCAAUGCUGGAGAAACAUCUAACAGAAGAAGUACCUAAAGAAAACCCCCUAGGCAGUCUUGUGAACUUUUGCAGAUCCUUCUUCAUCAACAGACGCAAGAUGGGGUCAUCCCCAGGUGGCAUCAUUCCUGAUAGCUCAGCCAGACAGUCCUGUUUACCAGGGCUAGACGUUACGGAUCCUGGUAUUCCUGAUGCAGACCUGGGAAUGUGUAACGAGGGAGAGACUCUUCCAGCUGAUGCACACUUAGAGCCCUACCUGGGAGGCUCAGCAGACACAGAGGAAACUAUGACGAGUCUCUUCUCUUGGGUGAGUCAAGUCAAAGUACAAAAGCAGCUGUUUCACUGCCUCCGGUGUGGGAAGAGGUUUAAGCAACAAAGAACUCUCAAACAACACAAGUGCAUUCCCACAGGAGAGAAGCCAUAUUACUGCUCACUGUGUGGGACAAGUUUUAAGCAACAAAGUGCUCUCAAACGACACCAGCUUAUUCACACAGGAGAGAAGCCAUAUCACUGCUCACAGUGUGGGACAAGUUUUAAGCAACAAAGUGCUCUCAAACGACACCAGCUUAUUCACACAGGAGAGAAGCCACAUCACUGCUCACAGUGCGGGAAGAGUUUUGCCCAGCUGGGUUAUUUAAAAGUACAUCAGCGAUUUCACACAGGAGAGAAGCCUCAUCACUGCUCAAAGUGCGGGAAGAGUUUUGCCCAGCUGAGUUCUUUAACAGUACAUCAGCGAUAUCACACAGGAGUGAUGCCUUAUCACUGCUCAGAAUGCGGGAAGAGUUUUGCAAGUGUGGGUAAUUUACAAAGACACCAGCAUGUUCACACAGGACAAAAGCCAUAUUACUGUUCACAGUGUGGGAAGUCUUUUACCCAGUCAAGUGCUCUCAAAACACACCAGCGCAUUCACACGGGAGAAGCAUGGACAAGAUGCCUGAGAAAGACAAAUGCACAAAGUCAUCAGCUUCUGUAGUAUGAAUUUCCUCUGGAUCCACUGUGACAUUUUAGUUCGUAAUAAAUUGUUAUGUUCAUAAAUUUGAUGUGGAGUAGAUUUUUUACAGAAAAAAUGAAAAAGUGUAUCACUGAAGGAUUUAAGUUUCAAGCUGGCUUUACCAUCAGGAAAAGACAAGCAUUUCAUACAUAGGCCUAUGUAAAGGGUUAAUGGGGCCACUUGGUUGUCAGCAGUAAAAAUCACAAAUUUUACCUCUUCCCAACAGGGAAAAGCACAAUCAAGAAUGCAUGAGUGAACAGUAAAUGAGUGAGAAAAAAUUAAAAUUUGAUGCUGCAAAAAAACUAACGAUGCAUCAAAGUCAAUGUCCAGUCCAUAAUCACUUUUUAUAUUGAAAAUAAGUCAUUUUGUGUGUCUUUUUCCCAAAUCAGUGACAUCACUCAUUAAAUUGGCAUUGAAAGAGUAAAAAUCCUGAACUGAUGUUGAUUAACAGAUUUAAGCAAAAAAAAAGGUGAAAACUUUUUUUUUUAUCUGAUAUAUUUUUACUGCAGAUUAAUUUAGUGGAUGUUUUCAUCCCGACCAGAACAUAAAGGGAUGAAAUGGAUUUGCCCACAGUGUAUUAUUGACGUGUUGAAAUUUUUUAAUAAUAUUUUCAAAAUAUGUCAAAUUUGGUUUGGUUUUCACUAAAAAUCAUUCCAUUUGGUGAAAUACAGUAAAAGUUAUGGCAAAAUUAAGAGUAAAAAAUUAUCCCUGGUGAAUGAAAACAUUCCUAACAGUACAUAAGGGUUAAGCAGCUGGACAUUGGUUCCUUUUAAAAUUUGGUACAAAGAAUGCAAAACUCUGAUACUGGCAAGACAAGCACAUGGCUGUUAAGAUGAUUGGCAUAUGAUAGACUUCGAACCUGCACAGGUGGAUGUACGGUUUAAACAAUGGACAUGGAACGGCAUUACAUCAUCAUUUAAGAUGCCUUCAAUACCCCUUUUUUUUAUCUUAGCAUUUGUCCAGCACAAUGGCAGGGUCCGUUGUUUUUAGUGGAUCAUUUGAUCUGUAUGAUUUGGCAUAGGUUUUACACUGGAUGCCUUUCCUGUCGCAACCCUCCCAUUUCUAUAGAUAUUUACAGCUCAGGAAUCAUUUUAAUAAAAACAUUAAAAAUUAGGGAAUUAAAUUGUC